CUUGAUGUUGAUGAUGACAUCUGGCAAGACAUUGGGCUUGAUGAUGACACUUUGAAUCCCCUAGCAUGGCUAUCAGACAACACGGUUAGGAAUGGUAUCUGGCUGCAACUGGAAGUUGAUUGGUGCAAUGAGGAGGAAGCUCGACUGAUGCGGGAGAGGACUGUCAUCCAA